UCUGCCAUAGUAACAUAAUUUCAUACUUACUUUAAAUACCGAAAUGGACCGCUUAUUAAGUUUGAUGCCACAUAAACUCCGGUCAUCCUAAAUACCACCAAGGAUCUCCGGAUGGAUAUGGGAUAAUUCAAAUAUCAGCAUAUUAAAGGCAUUGCUCGCAUAUCCGCUUUCACUUUCACAAUGGGGUUGUUAAGGAUGGCUUUUAAACUGAUAAAUUCUUCAAAAAUACUCCAGGUCUUGUGUUUACUAAUAGUUAUACUUGGGGUAUACUGUUUCUACAACUAUGCAAGUUCUCCUAAAAUUUCUGGCCUUAGAAAUAUGCAAGAAUCUAUGAAACCAAAUGAAAAUUUUAAGACAAAUGAUCACAAAAUAAUUUCGGAAUCUAAGACUAAAUCAGAGAAAGACACAGGCGUUGAAAAGAGACAUGAUGUGAUGAUCACUUUCACCAAAGCUGAGAGUAACCCAGGUCUUCAAGAUAAAUUUAAAACAACUGUGCGAUCAAUGUUCAGAUUUGCGCGACGACCUGUGAAUCUUCAUAUUUUGGGAGAUGAAAAAAGCAAGGAGAUUGCCAGAUCUAUUCUUCUGGAGGUGGCAGAUUCCAGCAAAUACCAGCUUCAACAUCUGGAUAUUGAUUCAAUCACCAGACAAGUGCAUGAAAUAGUUUCCGAUAUGCAGAAGUUCUUCAGCUAUCAGCCUGGGGCAUACUACAGUGACGCCCUCUUCUUCCUCUCCAUAGUUAUACACAGAGUCCUUCCACAACUGCACCGAGUGGUCAUGCUGGAUUCAGAUCUGAAAUUUAAUGCUGAUGUUGCAGAAUUGUUCACGCAUUUUGAUAAGUUUUCAAGCAGCAACAUUAUGGGCAUAGCAAACGAUGCUCAGCCCGUGUAUCGGCAUAACUUUCAUAUGUACAGAAACAAGGUCAAGGACACAAUGGUAGGCGGGCCUCCACCUAAUGGAACCACAGGCUUUAACAGCGGAGUUCUCCUGCUUGAUUUAGACAAGAUGAGAGCGUCACAGCUCUAUAACUCUCUCAUAUCAUCUCAGGUUGUAGAGAAUCUGUCACAGAAAUAUAUGUUUAAAGGUCACCUGGGAGAUCAAGACUUCUACACACUGAUAUCUGUGGAGCACAUGGAGUUGUUCUACGUGUUACCAUGCACAUGGAACAGGCAGCUCUGCACAUGGUGGAAAGAUAAUGGCUACGCUGACGUGUUUGAUCAGUAUUUUACCUGCGAGGGACACAUCAACAUAUACCACGGAAACUGUAAUACACAAAUCCCCAAGCUUGAGUGGGAGACCAAUUAGAGGGAGGGUGGUUUUCUUGUAUUCUGGGAGAAAUAUUUUGAGGCUUGAGCAUACUUUUUUACCUGAUAUUGUUUGUGUUUUUUACUAUUUUGGGAAUUGGGCCAGGAACCUUUGCUUUUGAAAAUUGAGUUGUUUUGACUAAAAUUGGUGUGGUUUGUUAUAAAAUGGAGAAUAAAAGGCAAAAGUGAUUUAAAUGUUAUAAUUACUUAAGUGUAAUUACUUGAGCUGAAUAGGGAGAUGGACCUAAUAUUCUGAUUAAUAAAUAUUAUUGUUUUUAAACCUUCCAUCAGGAAUUUCUGGCAGCAAUUAAGGAAAAAUAUAUACUAUUGAGCUUGGGAAUGCGGCCUAAUUUUUGCCCCAAAAUUGACACACAAAAACAUUGCUGAAUCCCCAAAUGAACGCUUCCCCUGUUCAUUUCUAAAAAAUUAUCAUAGCUUAUUUUUUGUUUAAGUUUAAUAUUCAAUGAAAAUACAUGCUCUUUAUAAAUAGUUAGCUAAAAUGUUUGCACGUGCAGCUACAGAAUCAUUUUUUUUCCUGGUUGUGGUAUGUAUUAAUUAUUAUGCCUAUGGCUGUAUUUUGAAUUUAUUGAACAUCUUCCAUUAGGAAAAUAUAAGGCUCCCACCGGCAUUGAUUAUGGUAGUCUUAAUACGAACUAUUCAAGUUAUAUAUAUUUUUAUAGUCAGGCUAUUGGAUUUUUUUUAAUACUAUAUCUGUUUCUAUGCAAGGACAUGUAUAUAGGUUAUUUGAUUAAAAAUUGCACCAUGAAGACUGUUAUGGUAUACACAGUGUUUGAUACAGAAAUGUACGGUAAAUUCAACAGUUUCUUGGUCUACACUUGAAUCAAAUUUUAUGUGACAUGAAAUUUAUCAGACAAAAUAUGUUAUCAGUAUGUACAGCUGUAUACUGUAUGUAUUCUUUAUGGAUCUGUGAUAAACAUGUGCUUCCUGUCAUCUUAAGGAAGGGUGUAGACUUGAAAGAAUGUAUAUUAUUUGUUUCACGCAUGGCUCUAUGGGUACCUUAUAACACGAGCUCUUACUUUGUUUAAAUUGUUGAUUGAGACCUAUUAGCUUUUUUAAUAUGUCAGAAUCAUAUCCACAAUAAAGUUUUUACAUUCAAUCAAUUAAUUAAUAAACACUAAUAUUUUUAUAUUUCAGACUAUUAAUCAAGUUCAUUACGGUAAAUAGUUUGCAUCCUCUUUUAUCAAAUAAAUAGUUAACCCAUUUACACCUAGUGGACUCUCCCAUCCUUCUAAAUUGGAUAAAUUUAUUUCCAAAAUUAGGGAUGUCUAGUAUAUUUAUUUCUAUAUUUAGAAUAUUUCUUACAGAAAUUCCUUUAAGCAUACAGCGCAGACCCAGAUGAGACGCCGCAUGAUGCGCCGUCUCAUCUGGGUCUACGCUGUUUUCCAAGGCCUUCUUUCUAGACACUAGGCAUAAAUGGGUUAAUCAAAAAUUAGAUGUAACAUGUAUUUUAUUGGACAAAAUAUAUAAUCAAGAUUGUACAGCUGUAUACUGUAUGUAUUCAUUAUGGAUCUGUGAUAAACAUGUGCUUCCUGUCAUCUUAAGGAAGAGUGUAGACUUGAAAGAAUGUAUAUUAUUCUUUGGACACAAAUUCUUUACUUCCAACCACGAAAUCCAGGACAAUUACUGGUUUUAAAGUUUUCUAAUACAUGUAUACAUACAUUAUCAAUUAACUAAAUACAUCUUAUAAUUAUUGUUUUAUGUAAAAAAUAAGUGUUUUAGGUCGUAUAAUAUUAUGUAAUAUUUUUUAUAAUAAAUACUAAAUCUGAAUGUAGAAAUGAGACAAAGCAAGAAAUGAAAUUGAACGUUGCUAUUUAUUUAAUGCAUGUUUGCGGUUUCAAAAAUUGGUGCGCCACUCUUGAAUAUAUAUAUUUCUCCAUUCCCUUGUGAAUAAAAAUCAAUUAUCCACCCAAACCAACAAAAAUCCUGAAUUUAUAAUAUGUUAUCAGCAUUGUCCAUUGGCUAUGUAGUAUGUGCUUUUAGUAUUCCAGCUCUAAACAUUUUCUUUUGGCCAUGUAGCAUGUUCUUGAAGCAUUCAAGAACUAAACAUUUAUGUUUGUUUAUAGUUAUAUGCUUGUAUUCAAUUUUCCAGCUUUUGCAACAAUAUUUGAUAAAAUUUACGGGCGUUUUUUUCCACUUCUAAAAUUGUUAGAUCUUCAAAUAUUUAAGACUAAGCUACCUGUGGAAUUAAUCUUAUUGUCUAUUACCAGCAAUAUUAACAUAGGUUAACAUAGGUACUUUGUUAUAGACAGUACACUCUAAACUAUGUUAUCUAAAUAGGUACUUUGUUAAGCAGUACACCAUCAAGUAUGUCAACUAGCCCAUGAUGUUAUUGUUCUUGGAUCUGUCUUUGUUUUAACCUCACAAGUAUUCUGCAUUGAUUUUCAGCUAUUGAUUUAUUCAGAUACAUGACUGUUAAUUAUACUUAAGCAAGCUGUUACGGUAGCAUUUGUUAACUCAAUUGUUGAGAUUUAAAAGUCAUUAUAUAUGAAGGAUUGAGUUUGAACCAGUUGUAACAUCUUGUUAUCAUUGUCCGUCCGUCCGUCCGAAGCCAUAUCUUGGAAGUGCUUUGGCGGAUUUCAUUGAAACUUGGUAUAAGCAUAUAUAUGGAUAAGAGGAUGAUGCACGCCAAAUUUCAUUGUACACCAUCUGUUAAUAACGGAGUUAUGGCCCUUUGUUUCUUGAAAAAAUGCUUUUUGAUAUAAGCUUAGAGCUUUAUCUCCAUUAACACAUGACCCAGAGCCAUGAAACUUGCCAUAGUUGUUCUCAAUCAUCUGGGGGUGCUUCACAUUCAACACUCAUAAUCCUAGGGGCUAAGGUCAAGGUCACACAUUAAGGUCAAAGGGCGUCCAGGAAACUUUUGUUUCAAUAAGCAUAUUGGCGAGGGAUAUCAAUUCAACGAAUUUGCUUGUUAUUCACAAAUACGAGUUGUGCUCUGGGAAAAAAGGAUUUGAUGCAUGUGUGUAAAGUGUUGUCUCAGAUUAGCCUGUGCAUUCAGAACAGGCUACAGAUUAGCCUGUGCAUUCAGAACAGGCUAAUCAGGGAAGACACUUUCCAUUUUUAUGGAAUUUUUCAUUGAAGUCUCUUAUAACUGAAAAAAAUGGUCUGGGCAGAAAGUGCUUUCCCAUAUUAGCCUGUACAGACUGCACAGGCUAUUCUGGGACGAAACGUUACAUCCAUGCAUAUAGCUCGGUUCUCUCAAAACGUUGCAAGUAUGAUACGGUAACCAGUCUUUUGCUCAACCAUUUAUACAUUGAUCUGAAUGAUUUUAUUUUUUAACCACACUGAAGGAGUUAUAAAGGACAUAAAUUAUUAGAGGUGCAUGACCACCAUGUUAUGACGUCUUUUUCUGGUUGCAUAUGACAUACAGAAGGCACAAUUCAGAAAAGUAAAGCAUCAAAAUCAUGCAUAGGAUUCAAAUGUGUAGUGUGGAAUAAUUAAUUUUCAAUUGUGCUCAAACAGUCUUACCUAUGAUAUGAUCUGUCAUAUUAAUACAUUUGAGCGGUUCUUUGUGAAAAGGGGGUUUAAUUCAUGUGCGUAAAGUCUUGUCGUCGAUUAGUCCACACAGGCUAAUCAGGGACGACACUUUCCCCUUUUAUGAUAUUUUUCUUUUAAAGAAAAUCUCUUCUUAGCAAAAAUCCAGUUUAGGCGGAAAGUGUUGUACCAGAUUAGCCUGUGCAAACUUCACAGGCUAACCUGGGAAGACACUUUACGCACAUGCAUUAAACCCCCUUUUCACGGAGUGCGGCUAAUUUAGUAUUCCGUUUUGUGUUGUUUGGUUUAAAAAAUGAUACAUACAAUUUAUUUGAAUAAACAUAUACUGAUAUUUUA